AUGGCGGCUCGAUCCAUCACCGCGGCAGUCCUCGCGUCGUCGCCGCUGCCGCCGCGCGCUGCCGUAUCGCGGCAAGGCGCGGAGAUAGGCCGGUCGGUUGAGAUACAGGCACUCUUAGACACGCGCGCUGCUGCUGCACCGAGUGUUGCGCGCGUAGAGUGUUGCGCUUCUAGCGGGGCUGCUAGCAGCGUAAUUGGUGGGGCUUCUACUAGGGCUGUUAGUAGCACCACUGCGGGCCAGCGGCGCGAAACGAACCGGACAGAUGGGGCGAGGGAGGCGCGGCCUGUUGUUUCGCGGAAGAAGCGGCGCGGCUUGCGGAGGGUGGCGCACCUCUCCGCCGGCGACGGUACGCAGCCGAGCCCCGAGUCCGCGCGGGCGGUGUGGGCGGAAGUUCUGAUAGUGGGGCCGCUGCACUCCGCGCGUGGGGACGAGGAGUGCGGGGAGAGUCCUCAGGGGGUUGCGGGGGAAGCCAGUUGCGCGGGCGGUGGCGCGCAGCAAGAGGGGCUUGGAGCGCGUGGGGACGGACUCGCGGGGCAGGGGGGCGUGUGGAGUGAGGCGGUCGAGGCGGAGCUGAUUGCGCGGGCGGUGGGCGGUGCGGUGGUCAAUGCAGGGGGGCCGCUUAUUGCUGGUGUGAUGUGCGCAGGCGCGGUGGACGCGGAGGGCGCGGAGGCGGCGUGGGAAAGGUUGGGGGCGGAGGGCAGCGCGGGAGUGAGUCUAGCUGGAGAAGCGGAGGCGGAGACGAAAGUGGGGGAAUCUGAGAUGGCGCGGGGAAGGCUGGAGCUGGAGCGCGCGCAGCUGGAGCUGGCGAUGCGGGAGUCGCGUGGGGAGGCGGAGAGGAGAGAUUCGGAGCGCGGAGCGGCGGAGAGCGGGGAGGCGGAGGAGGGAGAGGCGGAAAGGGGGGAGGCGGAGGCGGUCGAGGGCGAGGUGGCAGUGGGGGAGGUAGAGGCACAGAAGGCCAUGAGAUUGGGCGAGGGCUUUGAGGAGUGGGGGGACGCACGAAAUGGCGAGGACAGCGUUUGCGCGGGUGACACGGUUGGGCUGCUGGUUGCGCGGAAGGGCUCAGCAGGCGAGGCGGAGCAAGCGGAGCGGGGGGUGCGCGCGGAUGCAGGUGGGGGCUCGGAGUCGAGCGACGACGAGGCUGCUGCGGUGGAAGCCAGGCCAGCCGCUUUCCCCGCCGCUCUUAACUGUACGUGCCAUACGCCCCCACGCUCUCUCCUCUCAACCGCACCUCAACCGCCCCUCCCCACCCUCGACUCACCACGUGUUCUCACUCCUUCCUGCUCCCCCUGCGCCCCCCCCCGCUGCAUCCGAGCCACGUGUUGGGCUUCUCACUCGACUCCAAACGCACUCCCUUUUCGCGCCAUCCCCACUCCCCUGCGCCCCCCUGCCACUGCGCCCCCUUGCGUCCUCCACACCAACCCACCCCCCCCCAGCGCUGUACCUGGCGUUUGUGUUCAACUGCUUCGUGGAGCACGCCUGGCGCUUCGCGGGCGCGGCUCUGCUGGCGCUGCUGCACGACUCGCUGCUGCCCGUUGCUGUCGCCAGCUUCGCCAGCCAGGUGCGGCGCUGUCCACACGGCUGUGGCUCAACCCAUGGCCUGUCCGUUCUUUUCUGGUCUUCUCAGCCCACCGUCCCACUCGCAUUCCUUGUCCCGACGCCAUCCAUUCCCCAUCCUCACCAUCCAUUCCCCAUCCUCACCAUCCAUUCCCCCAUCCCCUCAUGUCCUUCCUACCUCACGCCCUUCCAUCCCAGUUCCCCACAUUCUCUGAACCCCCCAAUCUCCAUGUAUUUUCCUCCCGCCAUCCUCUGUCUGUCGGGCUCGUACCCUCUCCCCCCACGUCCCAUGGCAGCUGGAGCGUGGUGGUGUGCGUGGCCGCGCCACUGGUGGAAGAGGCGACACACUCUGCUCCACGGGUCGCUGCUUUCAACACCAUCCAUUCCCCCAUACUCUCAUUUCCUCCUGCUCCAUCCUCCCCCCAUGGUAAUUUCUACCCCCACCCCCCUUAUGUCCCCAUGGCAGCUGGUGGUGUUCGUGGGGGCGCCGCUGGUGGGAGACAUGAUGGACUCUGCCCCGCGGGUGGCGGCCUUCAACACCAUCUCCUGCAUCCAGGUGGGCCUUCAACACCAUCUCCUGCAUCCAGGUGGGCCUUCAACACCAUCUCCUGCAUCCAGGUGGGCCUUCAACACCAUCUCCUGCAUCCAGGUGGGCCUUCAACACCAUCUCCUGCAUCCAGGUGGGCCUUCAACACCAUCUCCUGCAUCCAGGUGGGCCUUCAACACCAUCUCCUGCAUCCAGGUGGGCCUUCAACACCAUCUCCUGCAUCCAGACGGGGGAGGGGGGCUGAUGAGGAAGGGGUGGAUGCGGUGCUGGCGGGCGCUGUGGAGCGCAGCGCAUCACUGGCAUCGCCUCUGCUGUGGGUGGAUCGUGGCUGUGUUAUUCUCCUGGCGGGGCAGGACAACGCGGCAGCGCUGGCCAACGCCAACGCCAUGCUGCGCCGGGCCGACCUCUUCUGUGACGUGGCAGGGCCGCUGGUGUUUGGGUGGCUGCUGUCAGCGUUCAGCCCGGCGGUGUGCAUCAAGGCCUCCCUCGCCACCAUGCUGCUCUCCCUCCCCAUCCUCAUCUGCCUCGUGCUGCGCACGGACCGCCAGUCCAACGGUGUGCUGAGCCGCCCCAAGCCGCCUGCUGCGCCACUGCUCUCCCUAGAGCCGCCCUCCACACAGCCCACCAGCAGCAGCAGCCGCACGGACAGCAGGGGGGUGGGGAGAGGUAGCAGUGAAGGAGCGACUGCUGCAGGGGCUGCUGGUUCUGCACCAGGCAGGGACGCAUCCACCCGCUCACCCUCCCCUGCUGCCGGCGUCCCGUCACCCGCGCUGCUCCUCACAUCAGCAGCCCGGGCGGUAGCGGCGGCACUCACUGGGAGCUGCCGGGCAGCCGGGUCGGUUGUGGGGAUGUCGGUGCGGUCGGUGGUGCGCGGUUGGAGGAGUUUCCUGGGGCAGCCGGUGCUGGCGGUGAGUGUGGCGUACGUGCUGCUCUUCUUCAACUGCGUGCUCUCGCCCGGCGGGCUCAUCACCAGCUUCCUCACGCAGCAAGGAGUGGACGUGUCGGUGAUUGGCGCCUUCAGAGGCGCGUGUGCCGCCAUGGGCUUCGCUGCCACCUUUCUCUCGCCGCUCCUCAUCACCCGCCUUGGCCUGCUGCAGGCGGGCGGGGCAGCGCUGCUGUUCCAGUCGCUGGUGCUGGCGGCGUCCCUGGGGGUCUUCGCCCUCUCUCACUCCAUGGGCCACCACCACUCGCUGCUCCUCGCCUUCCUCGCGCUCAUCGUGGUAUCACGGCUGGGCCACUGGACAUAUGACGUGGUGGACGCGCAGAUCUUCCAGGUGGCCAUCCCGCCCGCGCAGGCCAACAUAGUGGGCACCACGGAGGUGGCGCUGGCGAGCCUGGCGGAGCUCGUCAUGCUGGCCCUCGCCAUCGCCGCCCACGACGUGCGCCACUUCGGCCUCCUCGCCGCGCUCUCCGCUGCUGCUGUGUUCGCAGCUGCCGCCAUCUACUGCGCGUGGGAGCGGUCGGGAAAUCAUCAUCGUAGGAGCCUCUUUCCGCCGGAGCCACGGCUAAGGUGGUGGCCGUGGGGGCGGCGCAAGAGGAGAGCCGGCGGGGCGGGUGGUGGUAAAGGGGCAGGAACGGGGACGGGAGCGCCUGCUGCACCAGCUGCCUGA